CCAGUUCUUUGUAGGUGUUGAAAUUUCAUACACCAGUGAGCCUAAAAUCACACAAAAAUGUCGUUGGAACGUCAAGUCCGUGCCAAGAUCGCCUCCAAGCGCAACACACAGCAAGACCAAGAAGCGCAAGAAUGGAUCCAGACCAUCUUGGGAGCCAAAUUCCCCCCUGGCGAGCAAUACGAUGACGUCAUCCGCGACGGCACUGUCCUCUGCCAGGUCAUCAACAAGCUGGCUCCAGGAUCAGUGCCCAAGAUCAACACCUCUGGGGGACAGUUUAAGAUGAUGGAAAACAUCAACAACUUCUUGGCCGCCAUCAAGGCCUACGGCGUCGCAGACAUCGACCUCUUCCAGACAGUGGACCUCUGGGAGAAGAAGGACAUCGGCCAAGUGACCAACUGCCUGUUCGCCCUCGGCAGGGAGACGUACAGGCACGCCGAGUGGAAGGGGCCCUACUUGGGGCCCAAGCCCUCCGACGAGAACAAGAGGGACUUCUCCGAGGAGCAGCUGAAGGCCGGCCAGACCAUCAUAGGACUGCAGGCAGGGCAGAACAAGGGAGCGACGCAGGCUGGUCAGAACAUCGGUGCUGGACGCAAAAUCAUCAUCGGGAAGUGAAAGGGAUAGUGUGGAAUGAUGGCUCGUUUAUUUUUGCUAUUACCGGGAUUUUUUUAUUUGUAUGAAGAAUAUAUUUAUAUUUGAGGGGGGAAUAAACUCAUUUAUCUAA